AUGUAUGUGCUAGCCAAGACAGUCUUGAAAGUCGCUGUUGAUGGAGCAUCAAGAAAAGGAGUUGUCUCUGUUGCUCGAUUUGUCACAUCUUGCCGAUUCACCACACCAUAUCCAAGACCUUUGCGUCGAGCGGGACUAAUUCUCGUCACGGCACCCACCAGAAGUAUGGAACUUGCUGAUGGGGCUUUUCAUCUCUGGACAGACAAGGCGGCUCAAGAGAGAAUGACCGACGCCGAGAAGGCGGAGACUUGA